CGGGCGGGCGGACCCAGCGCCGGCGCCGGUUGAGACACCCUCCGCGUCCAUGGAGGCGCCGGGGCAGGCGGAGGUCGAGCAUGAGGACGGCGACAGCACCUGUGGGGACCUGUGCUGCAUGGACCAAGGCCUGCGGAGUAGCUGUCACUUGCUGAGUGCCAUCUGUGUGCAUGUUACCUGUAUUGCCACUGGUCCUCACCGCAGCUCUGCAAGGUGGCAGUUUUGCAUGUGACAAAUCUGAGACCGGAGGAUGUAAAAAACUUUCCCAGCCUCGCAGCUGCAUAUCAGAGUUAUCCUUAGAUUCAACCCUCCAUGCCAUCAAUCUGCAUUGUAACAACAUCUCGAAGAUUGAAGCCAUUGACCAUGUCUGGAAUUUACAACAUUUAGAUUUGUCAUCUAAUCAAAUCAGUCAAAUCGAAGGGCUAAGCACACUGACAAAACUACGCACUUUAAAUUUGUCCAGCAAUUUGAUCACAAAAAUAGAAGGACUUGAAGCACUAAUUAAUCUGACUAGACUGAAUUUAUCCUAUAACCACAUAAAUGAUUUAAGUGGUUUGAUGCCCCUUCAUGGAAUCAAACAUAAGCUUAGAUACAUCGACCUGCACAGCAACUGCAUAGACAGCAUCCACCACCUGCUCCAGUGCAUGGUGGGCUUGCACUUCCUGACGAACCUGGUUUUGGAGAAGAAUCGCGAGGAUAACCCUGUCUGUCGGGUGCCGGGGUACCAAGCAAUUAUGCUGCAGACCCUGCCACAGCUUCGAAUCCUGGACUGCAAGAACAUAUUUGGUGAGCCGGUAGACCUGUCACAGAUAAACUCCUCAAGUCUGCAGUGCUUUGAAGGUCUUUUGGAUAAUUUGGUUUCAUCUGAUUCUCCCCUAAAUAUCAGUGAAGAUGAGAUCGCUGAUGGCCUGCCGGUGGUGACGGCCCCCACGGGUGAUGACAUGGCCCCCCUGGACCCGUUUGCAAGUCCUCCAACUGACACGGGGCUGCCGUCUUUUAUGUCCGUGUGCCCGCCUUCUGAGCCAGAGAAGGAUAAUCAUGAUAGCGAUUUUCAGAAUGAGAUGAAACUUCAGAAAUUAGAUGAUCAGUUUUUACAGCUUCUCAAUGAAACUUCUAGCUCUUUAAUAGAUAAUGUUCCCGAGAAAGACCUGAUACUGAAAAGAGACAUGGAUAUAACUUCUGAAAGUGACUAUGGCAACAGAAAAGAAUGCAAUAGAAAAGUUCCUCGAAGAUCGAAAAUCCCAUAUUAUUCCAAAACAAUUCAGACUAUUAAGCACUACAACAAAAACAGCAACACUUCCAUAAGUUACAGUCGUAAAAUGAAGCAGCCUUUCUUUAAAGACUUAUACGUAUGUUCCUCUCUGGCGAACUGUAGCCAACUGGAGGAGGUUGAGGAGCCGAGUACUGAGCUGAUGCAAGUGAACAUCAGUUGCCCAGAGGACACCUACCGGAUACUUGUUGAGCAGCUAGACCAGGAGAGAGAGAAGAGGUGGAAAGCUGAACAAGCUGAAAAGAAGCUCAUGGAUUAUAUCGAUGAGCUGCAUAAACAUGCAAACGAAAAGAAGGACAUCCACAGCCUGGCUCUGCUCACCACAGAUAGGUUAAAGGAGAUUAUUUUUAAAGAGAGAAAUUCGAAAGUGCAACUCGAAGUUAUGGUUCACAAACUUCAAAAUGAAAUUAAAAAACUGACCAUUGAAUUAAUUAAAGCGAGAGACCAGCAAGAGGAUCACAUCCGGCACCUGAGAGCCCUGGAGAGAGCGUUAGAGAAGAUGGAGCGGCAGAAAGGGCAGCAGCAGAUGGCACAGAUGCGGCUUAUCGAAGAGGUAGAGCUCAAGGCGGCGGCUGCCGACCGAGAAAUUAACUUACUUCGAACUUCCCUUCAACAAGAAAAGGAGCAGGUGCAGCAGCUUCACGAGCUUCUUGCACUGAAGGAGCAAGAGCACAGGAAAGAACUUGAAACAAGGGCAUUUUUCAGUGAUUCUGAGUUCCAGGAAGCCAUAGCCAAGGAAGUGGCAAAAGAAGAGGCAAAGCAUGAGCAAGAGAUCAAAGGAUACCAAGAAAAAAUCGACACAUUAAAUCAGCAGUACCUGGAUUUGGAGAAUGAAUUUCGUAUUGCUUUAACUCUCGAAGCCAGAAGAUUUAAAGAUGUUAAAGAUGGUUUUGAAAGUGUUGCAACUGAGUUAGCAAAGAGCAAGAAUGCUCUUGUCUGGGCUCAACGGAAAGAAAACGAGUCUUCCUCUUUAAUUAAAGAUCUGGCCUGCAUGGUGAAGGAGCAAAAGACAAAGCUUGCGGAAGUCUCCAAACUGAAACACGAAACAGCAACAAACUUGCAGCUGCUUUGCGUUUUCCCAUGUCUGGGGAGUAUACAGAAUCAGAUCAACACCCUUGAGCUCCUGAUCGAAGACGACAAGCAGAAGAGCAUCCAGGUCGAGCUGCUCAAGCACGAGAAAGUCCAGCUGAUUGCCGAGCUCGCAGCCAAGGAGUCACUCAUUUACGGUCUCAGGACAGAGAGAAAAGUGUGGGGACAGGAGCUGGCACAACAGGGAUCCUGUCUGGCCCAGGACCGUGGGAAGCUGGAGGCGCAGAUCCAAAGUUUAUGCAAAGAGAACGAGUCUCUGCGGAAGACGAACGAGCAAGACAGCGACACGCUGCGUAUUAAGUGCAAAAUCAUAGAGGACCAAACCGAGACCAUCGGGAAAUUAAAAGCUUGUUUACAGGAAAGAGAGGAACAAAUCAAAAUAUUACAAGAAAACAUCUGUGAAAUACAAAAAUGUACUCAAGAACAACUUGACGAAAAAUCUUUGCAACUGGAUGACAUAAUUGAGAAACUAGAAAGACACAAUGAAAGAAAAGCAAAACUAAAACAGCAGUUGCAAGUAAAGGAAUUAGAACUUGAAGAAAUUAGAAAAGCUUACAGUAUCCUUAAUCAGAAGUGGCAUGAUAAAGGGGAGCUCCUCAGUAAUCUGGAAAUGCAAGUAAAGGAAGUGAAGGAGAAAUUUGAGAACAAGGAAAGGAAGCUGAAAGCGGAAAGAGACAAAAGUGUUGAACUACGAAAGGAUGCUGUGGAAAAGCUUUAUUGUAUGGAUGAUGCCUUUAAAAAACAAGUGGAGGCAAUUGUUGAAGCUCAUCACGCUGAAAUAAUACAUCUGGAAAAUGAAAAGCAAAAAUAUAUUGAUUCUGCAAAUUUAAAGGUUCGUCAAGUUGAAGAAGAAAUGCGUGGACUUCUGCAAGAAAACUGCAAGAACAAAAAAGCACUGGAAGCAAAAAUUAAGCAUCUUGCUUUUGCUGUAAACGAAAUUCAUCAGGUCUUGUGAUGGUUCUGAGAACAAACUCAAUUGAAAUGGACCAGCAGAUCGAUUGUAAAAAUGAUUAAAUAUUGUAACAGUAGUAACUGCUAUGACUUUGAAAUGUCUCUUUCUACCCAUUUCAUUCUGAUUUUUAUUUUUUUUUUAAUUUUUAUCAUUCUUUUUUUUAAAAGACUUUUGAAAAAGUAUUUAAUUGUAAAUGUAGCUUUUUAUAAUAAAUUGUUGAUAAUUAUGUGUAUUAGAAAAACUUAUCCAAAUAACUAGACUUAAGACACUUUUUGUUUCUGUACUAUACAUUCUUUGGUAAUUACACUUUGCCUAAAUAUGUAAAUGGAAAUUAAGGUUAGCCUUUGAUAUAUUAGGGAAAUUAUUUUAAUAGUUGUCAUUGCCUUAUUGUAUUGAUGAAGAAUUAAUUCUAUUUCUUGGCUGUCCUUUAGUUUAUGUAGCUCUAUUCUUUCAAAAUGCUCAUAUGAAGAGCCAAAAAGUAUCUGAGAUCUGUAUGGUCAGAGAUGUGGCACUCGUAAGAAAGCAUGUCACCAUUUCCUCAUCCUUCAUAAGGACCCCUUUUUAUAAUGCAUAUGACUUUCAUUAAAGAUUACAUUUAAGGUUUAUAAACAUUGUCUGUUCCAGAGGAACACUACUGUUCCACCCUUAUUUUUUCAUUUCCCCCUUUAGUCACUGUAUAUAUGAAGAGAAUUCUUAUUUUGCAACUGGAAACUGUUUUCUUCCAUUCAUCCAGUCAUUUAUUACUGUAUCACUUUUGUCAUCUUUUAUGUUCCUGUGUAUAUAAAACAAAAACCUAAGUACUAUCCUCCUCACUGUUUUUGAAAGAGAAUAUAAUACUAUGCUUUUAAGUAAUAGCCAGUGACAUUUUAAAAGUUAAAUGGAAAAAUAUAAAUGCUUCUAAAAGAGGGUCCAUGUUUCACUUUAGGAAGCUUCACACUGACAUCUGUGGGACAGCAUUGAACAUACCGAGGUGUAUGGGAGUUGGGGAGGAGAGAGCAUAGAAAUAAUUUGGGAGAAUAAUAGCUAAAAACUCCCUAAGUUUGAUGAAAAAAGAUCAACUUACAGAUCCAAGAACUUCCAUAAAUCCUAGGAUAAACAUGAAGAGAAACACUUAGACACUUUAUAGUCAAACUGUUGGGAAAAUCUUGAAAACAAGAAAAUAUGGUUUAUCUCAGAGGAACAGUAUGACUAACAGUUGACUUCUCAUGAGAAACAGUGGAGACCGGAAGGCAGUGAAUGACGUAUUUGAAGUAUGGGAAGACAGGAAUCGUCAAUCAAGAAUGCUGUCUCCAAAACUAUCCUUCAAAAGAAAGACAGAAAAUGUAUUGCUAGCCAAACUAAUGGAAAAGAAAUGUUAAAGGAUGAAAGGAAAUGAUAUCAGACAGUAACUCAUAGCCACUGCAAGAAAUAAAGAAUAUUGGAAACAUGAACUCUGCGGACCUGUUUCCCAGCAAAAUAAUACUAACUGGCAAAGAGUUUUUUAAAAUACCAUUUAGUCUCUGAAAACUCCUGAGAGCAUACAGCAGUGAAGACAUUUAUUGAAGAACAUUUACUAAACCUGUCAACAGCAGAAGCCUGAGGCACCGAGACAUAGCUAUCUCCUAAUACCUCCCACCCAGCCUGAUGGGAGUUUCAUAGUGGAUGGCUGUGGCCAAGAAGAAAGGUGCCCCUCUGCCCCACUCCAUCAGUCACCAGGGAGGGCAAGUUGACAGCCUUAACCAUGAGUCCAAAGAGCCAGCAAGACUCAAGCUACUACAAUCAGGAAUGAAAGCAAGGACAUAAUGGGGUGGGAGGAAACCUUGGGAGUUGGUUACUAUGCUUAUGGUCGUGGCAGUGAUAAUUUUAUGGUAUAGACUUAACCCCACUCAUUAGGUUGAAUAAAUGUUUUACAUGUCAACAGA